UUGGGGAGUUUGGGGGGCGGCCUUUACAAAACCGGUGUUUUAUAUCGGGUUGUUCUUCUGGUCGCUUGAGAGAGAGAAAAAUGGCUUGAAUCGAUCAUUUCCGCCCGUGAAAUCUCCAAACCCCUAGAUUUGUCCGAGUAACGAGUUCAUCUCUCUAUAUUCUAAGUCGUCAAGAAAUUCAAAAAUCAGAUUUCAUAGAACAUUUUUAGACCCACUUUACACAUCAGCCGCAUUAUCUACAUUCGUAACUUGCUGUUACAUACAGCUUAAGUAGAGUAUCUGAAGUUUCAGCACCAGUCGAGACUGUGAGAUUGACAAGAGACAGGGAUACAUAUGCAAAUAUGAUAGAGAAAUUAUCAUGUCAAGUGUGUUUGUGGUGUAUCAGUCCUUUAUACCAUUAAGUUGAUUGCUUAAGGCACUCACCUAGAACAGGCGUGGAGAAGACACUGUAGAACACCUCUCCUCCAAUCUACUUUUGUUCUUUCAGUGGACGCCUUCCUCCGUAACAACUACUGACGACUCAUCCCUUUGGGAGAACGUCUUUGUUUAAUUGUCUAAGCACAUAUGGGGCGUAAAGGGAAUCCUAUUGCAGUAAGACUUGAUGUGAAUCGUAAGUCAGAUUCAAGUUGGUUCAGUGAUUAUUAUUACGGGAAAUUAGUGUAUCAAGAUGUCAAUCUGAGAUCCUAUCUCGGUUCCAUACGUCCACCUACGAAAAAGACCUUUGGCUUUCGUCUCGGAAAGUGUGUUAUUCAACAUUUCCCCAAAGUAACAGUUGUUCAUAACUUUCUUCCACAUCGACCAAAGACACUAGAUCGCAAAUCCACCUCGAAGGGUCAGUGGUGGGCGUUUGGGAAGGUCAAAUCAAUCGAGCACAGUGAUACAGAAGAAAACGAAGUAAGGGAUGCAGGGAAAAGAGUCAAGUCAGUCGCAGCCACCAACCAGAAAAAGAAGCUGGCUAAUGGAUAUCAUGACCAGUCAAAUCCUUUGAGAGAACUUCGAAUCAGCGGGGCCUUAGGACCAAAGGCCGGAAAUGACAUAGCCUUCCUGAGGGAUGACUCCUUCAAAAAAACGGAGUGCUUCAAGUUCUUUUUCCCAGAUAAGUCCAGCUCCUGCGGUAAUCUACUGCAGAGGGUCCCUGCUGUACGCCCUUCCUUGAGUUAUUUGGUGAUGCAUGACUUACUGAAUGCAAAGAAAAGAAUGCAUUUUGAUCCCGUCAUAGCUCUCAAUCAUUUCGUGACACGAGGCGCAGCUGAACCAUCUACGAUAGAGGGAUCAGAAGGAGGGAGAUUAGAUCAGAGAAUACGUUCUCGCAUCGCUUUUUUGGUAGAAAACUCGAGCAGCAAGUCCUUGAGUGAAGGCAAGUUGACCCACUUCAUUCGCCAAGCUAAUGAUCUUCGUUACGUGGGAACAAGAAAAAACAGUAUCUCACUCUUCCCUUUCUUCGGUGCUACCUUUUUUUUCCUAAGGGAUGGAGUGUAUAAGAAGCAUUUGAUUGAGGAUUCUCGGGAACAAUUCCUAGGUCAAUUAAGAACCAAAUGUUGGAACCUCUUGGGUAAAGAGGUGAAAUUGAUAGACAAAGUCGUAGAACAGGGUGAAGUUGGAGAAUUGCUCAAGGGAGUCGAGAUGAUGACAGAGAUCAUCCUGAGAAACAGAAGAAUUCCUUAUGGGUACAACUCUUAUUUGAAUGAAUUGGAAAAAAUGCGAUCUUUUGUGUCUGAUAGAACUGGGGCUCAUACGCUGAUUGAGUCGGUGAAGAUCAAAUCCGUCUAUCAAAGUGCUUCUCUGAUUGCCCAAGACAUAGCUUUUCAAAUGAUGAACAGAAAAAGAACAUUCCGCUCCAUCUUUGGUCAAAUAGUAAAGGAAAUUCCAUUAGUCAUGCCAAAAGGGGUAGAUGGGAUUCGUGUUUGUGUUUCAGGUCGAUUAAGAGGUGCGGAAAUAGCUAGAAGUGAAUGCGGGAAGUAUGGAAAGACAUCUUGUAAUGUAUUUAACCAGAAAAUCGACUAUGCUUUGUCAGAAGUUUCUACUCGUUACGGAAUUUUAGGUGUCAAAGUGUGGAUCUCAUAUAGCCAAAGGAAGUAAGAAAGGGAUCAUUCCACAAUGCUGAAUAAUAAGUGAGAAUCAAGAAGGUUCAGUGGCAACUACGACUAUGCAACCUGGAACUGGAGCUUUUGGAACGAGGAGCACACUUUAUCAGAAUUGACAAGGUCAUCAACUAAAUACUUUAUUGCAGAUUGGACUCUCUGGGCAUGUUGCAUAGUGGUAGCGUAGGAUACAAUGAGAAGAUUGCUCAAUUUCUCCUGGGCUAUAUAUUAACUCCUACAAGUCCGACCCUGCCUAAAACUGAACUUGAUCAUCAUCUAAUUCACUUUCAAAUCGAUUCCUCUGGCAAAAAAGAGAAUCUCGGUGACCUAUUUUCUUCUUAUCUACUGUUUUAAGUUUAUAAUGUAGUUUGGGUGGUUGCAGUGCUCCUGCUCACUUCCAGAAAUUUUCCCUUUUAAGGUUUUCAGUUUUCCUCUGGUCUCUUUCAUGCGUUUUGUUAUCUUGGUACUGCAGAAAUCAGACUUCCCUUGAGAGAUUUGUGGCAAUUUUUGGUAACGGCUAUUUUUUUAUUUUUUUUGUCA